GGUGGGAGAGGAACGAGCGAGACAGAAAGAGAGCGAGAGAGACUGAGACUGAGAGUGAGAGAGAGAGAGAGAGUGGGACGAAAAGUGAUAGAGUAGGUGAGGGGAGGGGAGGCUUGUUUGAUUCGCCAUGAUUGACGCGGUGCGCACGCGCUGUUGUCUCUCGUCUCUCCGUCUACCGUCACCGUCUUAGCAAUUUGUCAAGCCGAGACAGGAGAAUUUGAAAUCUAGUGAAGAGGAAAGCUUUUUCGGAGCAGUAUAGGCUCUUGACAGACUCGAGAAGUGGACUUUAAGUGCAGGAGUUGGACGUGUCUGUCGUACUGUUGGAGAGCAUGUCUCUCAGCCCGAAGCACACUACACCUUUCAGCGUAACUGAUAUCUUGAGUCCUAUUGAGGAAACGUACAAAAAAACUACAAUCGAAGCUUCUAUUCCGCCCCUGUCUUACAGAAAUUCGCAACACCCCCAAGCUGGUGGUGUGACUGGUAUGAGUGUUACGGGUGUCCAGGCUGCGUCUACGGCCUAUCACAACUAUGUACCACCACUGUCCCACCAUACUCCAUCAUUUACAACACAGUACUGCAAUGGGUCAGAUUUGGGACACUACGGAGAAGCGAGACAAACCACACCUGGAUGGUACACUACCAACCCCGACCCAAGGUUUACAA